AUGAGCGAGCGCCCUCGCCGCCUCGAGCUCGGAACAGGCGCCCCGCGCGCGGCCCGUGGCGCCAUCAAGUCCACCGCAGCUGCCGCCAGCGGAAUGACGUCCACGUCCUCUUCUUCUUCGACCAUGCAACAUCAUCACCAGCAGCAGCAGCUGCAUCACAGCAACUUUCUGCGCAGCCAGCUCACGCGCCGCCCGACGGGCGCAGGGUCGGGCGCGGGAGGGAGCGCGAGCGUGGGCAGCGCCUCGGCGACGACGGAAGCGCAGCUGCGCCUCGGCGGCGCCGACGUGGACGUCCUGCCCGACGCUUCGUCGGAGAUUGUCGUGCGCAACCAGCAGGGCGAGAUUGAGCUCGGCGACCCGCCGACGCCUGUGCUGGAGGAGCACGACGAGCAGGCCGAGGAUAGGCAAGAGGCUGAGAAAGAGAGGCAGCGCUUGGCCGACGCCGUGAGGCACCACUCCGUCAAUCACAGCUCCGUGCCCGACCAGCGGGAAGAGCUCCUCGAGGCGGUACGCGCAGAUCUCCGCGCCAAGGUCAGCGCCCUGGCAGAGGACAACUGGAUGUUUGAGCCAGAAGAGCCGGCUCGCGGGUGA